UGCGCUGUGUCCCUUGGACACAGCGGAUCACCGAUCCAUGGAAAGAGCCAAAGAUGUCGGCUUGGUCAUGUGAUCAGCUGUGUCCAAUCACAGCUGAUCACAUGGGACAUCUACACUGAUCAUCAGAGCACUGAUAAGUGUGCCCUGAUGAUCAGUGUAGCCCCAGCAGUGCCACCUGUCAGUGUCCAUCAGUGCCAGCUGUCAGUGCUCAUCAGGGCCACAUGCCAGUGCCUACCGGUGCACAUCAAUGCCUCAAAUCAGUGCCCAUCUGAGCUGCCUUUCAGUGUCACCCAUCAGUGCCAGUCAGUGCCACCUAUCAAUGCCAAUCAGUGCUGCCAAUCAGUGCCACUUAUCAGU